AUGCGUUACACUCAGAUUCUUGGCAGUGCUGCUGCACUUGGCGGUUAUGCUCUUGCUCAAGAAGGUGAGGCACAGUCUACUGUUGUCUACGAUUCAGAAACGAAGAUCAGUUAUUCGUCGUACACGGAGCCAGAAACAGGGAUGUCAUUUGGUGUUGCUCUUCCAAAGAAUGUUACGGACCCGUAUGAUGCCAUCAUUAGGAUCACCGCACCGAUCGCCAACCAAUGGGUCGGUUUCUCGUGGGGAGGUACUAUGGUCUGGAACCCGUUGAGCGUUGCUUGGCCUAAUGGUCAAUCUGGGACUAUCUCUGCUCGCUUCGCUUUCAGUAUUGGCUUGCCGCAGGGGUACGAUGGAGCCGAGCAUACAUACCUCAAAGGCACAAAAACAAAUGCAACGCACUGGACAGUCAAUGCGCUAUGCAAAGGCUGCACUGGAUGGCAAAACAGCGAAGACACAAGAUAUGCGCUCAAUGGUACUAGUACAACAGAGUUCGCCUGGGCUUACGGUGUCUCUUCGGUCGAGGAUUCUUCCCGAAACGAUUCCGCUUUCAAUGUCCACCAGGCCUGGGGAAAAUGGAUCCACAACCUGGACGCUGCCCGCAUCGAUGAUUUCGAUUCUUUGGUCAAGACUAACCUGCUGACGGCGCCUGUAGCCACACCUUCCGCUGCUCCGACCACUGUCGUGACAAGCGUCGUACCGUCUGCAUCUGCGACGUUAAAGCCAGCAGCGCCUGCUGCCAUCCCAGCCUCGUGCUCCGGCGCUGGCAACCCUGCAUUCCAGGGCAGUCUUGCGGCUGGAUGGAAGGCCACGAAGAUUGCUGGAGGCUUGACCAGCCCUCGCAGCAUUCAAUUUGAUAGUGCUGGGAAUAUGUUGGUCGUCCAAUCUGGCAAGGGUAUCUCGUACCAUAAGAUGGGCACAGACGGUUGCAUCACUUCCACCAAGAUGCUGGUCUCGCAGAACAACCUGAACCAUGGUAUCGCAAUGAGUCCUGACGGCAAGACGCUGUAUGCGAGCUCCAUGACCCAAGCUUAUUCUUGGCCAUACGAUGCCGCUGCGGGUACACUGGGUACUAGAGCGACUAUCAUCACCGGCAUGUACAAUGGCGGCUCCCAUCUAACUCGUACUCUUGCCAUUGCGCCACAGAACCCGAACUUGCUGGUGGUCUCCCAUGGAUCCAACGCAAAUAUCGACUCUGCUACGUCGGAUCCCAAGACUGGCCGCGCCAUCAUCAAGGUGUUCGACUUGUCAAAGGUCCCUAGCGGAGGGUAUAAUUAUGUAUCUGGCGGAUACAACGCUGGAUAUGGACAACGUAAUGACGUGGGAAUCUGCUUUGACAAGAACAACAUGCUUUGGGGCGUAGAGAACAGCGGCGACGACUUCAAGCGUAACGGAAAAGACAUACACCAAGACAACCCCGGCGAGAAGAUCCACUAUAUGGGAGACGUCACCAAACCCAAUGAAAACUGGUACGGCUACCCAUCCUGCUUUACCGUCUGGAAACCCAGUGACUUCACCGACAAGACAUUCAAAGUCGGCGACUUCUUCGUCCAACAACCAAGCACGAGCAUGAACGAUGACACCUGUGUUCAAAAGGCCACACCUCCUAAGCUGACGUUAUUCCCGCACUCCGCACCCAUCGAUUGCAAGUUCGAUGCCGACAGCACCACCAUGUACAUCACUUACCACGGUAGCUGGAACCGCAAUCCCGUUACCGGUUUCAAGCUUGUCGCCGUGCAAUUUAAAGUUGGUACUGAUGGGAAUUAUACGCCAGUUGAGCCUUUGACUAGUACUACAGCUGCCAAGGACAUAUUCUACAAUCCGGCUGUGGAGAAGUGCCAGGGCAAUGGACCAAGUUUUAGCUCGGGUUGCUUCAGACCUGCAGGUUUGGCUUGGGAUUCCCAAGGAAGGCUGUUCAUGACGAGUGAUACGAGCAGCAACGGAGAGCUUUGGGUGUUGGCCUGUGGCUGGAGUGGACUGUCUAACCACGCACAACACGGGCAAAGCUCUCGCACCACCGCCACGAUGAGUUCCCUCAAGAAAGCGCUUGAGAAGCUAAAGCCCGGACACCACGGGUCGUCGGCCUCGGACGAUGAGAAGAGCAGCGGCGUCAAGUCGCCCACUUCCGUCAAUGGCCGCGCUCAGUCGCCUGCCGCAACGCCGCGCUCUUCCGUAACCCUAGGUGGCUCCCGACCAAGCGGCGAGCACAAACGUGGAGACGUUGCAUCUCCCACCGACAGCAGGACCAGCAUCGACCAGCCCCGCGGCUCGCUCAGCGGCAUCCUCCACCGCCGCACCGAGAGCCCGAACCGCACUGGCACCAACAAGUCCGGAUCCAGCCACCAGCGCUCCGGCUCCCUCUCCACCCACAGCCCCAUGCGAGCCGUCAAGGAGAAGCUGCACAUUGGCAACGACUCGAGCGACGAAGAUGCUCCCCUCAACCGCGAAGGUGAGCCCAUGUCUCGUGGCCAACUGCGCAAACACGAGAAGCAGGCACAGCAGGAGGAGCGCCACAAGCAGAACUUGGAGAAGGAGCAAGAGCUGGAGCGCAGGAGGAAGGAGAUGGAGCAACAAGCCCUGGCUGAGUUGACCCCGGAGCAGAGGUCCAAGUACGGUGUCAUCCACCCCAACUCCUACUCGGGAGAGUGGAAGCAUGAGCCCCGCCACAAGAUCCAGGACUUCUCUGCAAAGGACGUCGGCAAGGAGGUUGUCUUCCGUGCUCGUAUCCACCACCUCAGGAAGAUGAGCUCCAAGUUCGUCUUCUUGAUGUUCCGCCAACAGCUCGCUACCAUCCAGGGUGUCCUCUUGGAGCACGCCGACAUUUCAAAAUACAUGCUGUACUGGGCUGAGCACCUGGACGCUGAGACCAUUGUCCUGGUCAAGGGUAUCCUGCAGGAGCCCAAGGCCAAGCAGGGCGAGGUUCUCGGUGCCACCAUUCACGACGUCGAGGUUUCCGUCCACGCCCUACAUGUUGAAGCUGCCGUCACAGACCACCUUCCCUUCAAUGUCAACGAGGCCGAGGUCUCGCAGGCUGAGGUCGAUGCCGAACUGGCACAGGGAGACCACAAGGAAGGCCAUACACGUGUCAAGAUUGCAGACCGUACACGCUUGAACAACCGCGUUAUCGAUCUGAGGACAACAGCUUCUCAGGGUAUCUUCCGCAUUCAGUCCGGUAUCUGCAGACUCUUCCGUAAUCAGCUCGACUCGGAAGGUUUUAUCGAGAUCCACACUCCCAAGCUGCAGGGCGGUGCCACUGAGUCGGGUGCCAGCGUGUUCAAGAUCGACUACUUCGGUCGUGGCGCGUUCCUUGCACAGAGUCCUCAAUUGGCCAAGCAAAUGGCCAUUUCCGCAGACUUUGGCAAGGUGUACGAGAUUGGUGCCGUCUUCCGUGCCGAGAACAGUAACACCUACCGUCAUUUGACCGAGUACACUGGCCUCGAUCUGGAGAUGCAGAUUGACGAGCACUACCACGAAGUCCUCCGUGUAUUGGACCGCACCUUCAAGGCCAUUUUCAAGGGCAUCUACGAGCAAUACCGUCCUGAGAUUGAGGUCAUCAAGAAGCACUUUCCACACGAAGACCUUGUCUGGCUGGACCAGACACCUAUCAUUCCCUUCGCUGACGGUGUUCGUAUGCUAAACGAGUCUGGCUGGAGGGAUGACGAUGGCAACGAACUUGACGUGAACGAGGAUCUAGGCACCAGAGAUGAGGUGCAACUUGGUCGUGUCAUCAAGCAGAAGCUCGGAACCGACUACUACAUCCUAGACAAGUUCCCAGCCAACGCGCGCCCAUUCUACGCCAUGAACGACCCCAACGACCCUACUGUUACCAACUCUUUCGAUAUCUUCUGCAGAGGCCAGGAGAUUCUCAGUGGUGGUCAGCGUAUUCAUGACUCUAACCUGCUCUUAGAGAAGAUGCGUAAGCUCAAGGUUGACCCUGGCUCCAUGGAGGAGUAUAUCCAGGGCUUCCAGUGGGGAGCACCGCCCCACGGUGGUGGUGGUAUUGGUCUUGAGCGUAUUCUCAUGUUGAUGAUGAACCUCGGAAACAUCCGUCAUGCUUCUAUGUUCCCUCGCGACCCCAAGAGUUUACCGGAGCGGCCGGUCGUCAAGCAGCUGCGUCAUCCAGAGGCAAGCACUAUGCAUCCUCCGUGGGAAGGCCAGGAUCGUGCUGUUGCCAAGAUCGAUCUACAGCCUAUCGAGAAGCUUAUCGCCAACUACGGUGAUGCCACGAACACCUCGUGGCUGGAGCCUCGCACAGAGAUCUGGCGCGACGAGAACACUGGUGCAGCUGUUGGCUUCGUACCUCAGGAUGGUUUCGCCAUUACUGUUGGUGACCCUCUUUGCCACGAGUCUCAAUAUCUCAAGACCAUGGCUGGUUAUCUCAAGUAUAUCAAGAAGGAGCGCAACCUCAAGCCGCUCUGGCUUCUUGUGGGAGCUGCCACAGAAGAGGUUCUCGCAACCAAGUUCAACUGGCGCACAUUCUCCGUUACUGGAGAGCAGCGUGUAGACCCAGUUCACAACCCUGCGGAUAAGGACUCUGACGUUCAGCGCAAGAUCCGUCACGCAGAAAAGGAAGGUGUCAAGAUCAGUGAUUACGCUCUCGGUGCACCACCACCGGCAGAUGUCAAGCAGAAGGUUGAUGCCCGUGUAUCAGACUGGUUGAACAACCGCAAGGGCAAGCAGGUCCAUCUUACCAACAUUCACCCAUGGCAAGAUGAGGAGCACCGUCAAUAUCACAUUGCCUACACGCCUGAUGGUACCAUCGCCGCGUUCGUCGCAAUGGCUCAACUCUCACCUGAUCAUGGCUGGCAGGUCAAGUACUCGCUCGAUUUCCCCGGCGCACCGGGUGGUUCGAUUGAGUACAUCGUCACACAUGCUCUCAAGCAAGUCGCCGCCAGUGGUGCGACCAGCGUCACCUUUGGUGGUGGUGCUAGCUCGAAGUUCAGCCCGGGACACAACGUCAAGGGCACUCGUGUCAAGGUGCUCAGCCGCGCAUACCACGCCAUCGCGACCGAGCUCAAGCUCACAAACAAGACCGAGUUUCGUGAGAAGCUGGGUGCAGUCGAUGACCCAAGCUACAUCUGUUACCCACCCCAUGGGCUGGGCCCUAUGGCGGUCAAGGCCAUCUUAAACUUCUUCUCAGACGAUGAUGACAACAACUAA